AUGCCACGGCAGAUACUACGACAAUCUGAGCAGCCGCUGCAGCUGGACAAUUCUGAACAGCGCAAGGACAAGGAUCUCAACAGCGGAUAUGGACACAACCCUUCACAGCCGCCGCCGCCGCCAUACAUUCCUCAAGAGCAGACAGAAGUUUCUGGCGCUGUGGACGAUUUGGGAGAUGAUUUGUUUUCUUUGCGAGGCGGCUCAUCGCAACCAGCGAUGAUCGGCAAGACUUCCACCCCGCCCGGCGCAGGCAAGGAGAACGACAGCAAGAAGACCGCCGGACAGGAAGCUGUGGUGCCGACUCCGGCAGAGAGGCCCACGAUGACAUAUCGCAAACGCAAGCCGGCGUGGGAGUGGGAAAUUCGACGGGCGAAGAUCUGGAACUGGCGGCUGGGAUGCGAGGAAGCAUUGGAUCUGCGACAAAGACAUCACAACAAGUCAUGGAAGAAGUCAGGACAAUGGAAUCCGACAAUGCGACCACACCCUACCAUGACAAUGUCCACUACCGACCUCGACUCCCAACGCGCUCUCUUCUCCCGCUACCACGGCCUCCUCGACACCGACAACCUUCUCACCGCCCAGCGUGCUGAGACCGCCCGCCUAUUCCUCCGCCUCGCGCAGCGCAAAGCGAUCAUCCUCUCCACUCCGCAUGCGUCCGGAAUACAUCUCUGCUUAUGCGCUAGGAGAGCUCGCCCGCGUCUUGGGUACAGAGGCUGGAGAGAGGGUCUUGGAGGGGAGGGACCGGAGAUUGAGGGACAUCCAAGAGGAGGUGCGCGAGGAGAUAUUGCGGUUCUACAAGGAGAAGAACGGAGGAGGAUACUCGCGCCUGCACUACGAUCUUUCGCCAGGAUACACGCCUGCACACUGAGCCUCCGCAGCCCGCCCUCCCUUUCAUUUCAUUCAUUCAUUCCCACCUCGCCGGCUCGCAGACGUCACCCGGAAGACCCUCGUGACCCAGAAACCACCCAAGCGGACGCCCAAACCUGCCUCGCAGACACCCGCCGCGCCUCCGACUAUGCUGUGCUAUCGGGCCAGAAUGCGCAGCAGGCGAUUCAGGAGGCGGAGCAGGCGAUGCGGACUGCCCUGUCAUUCCACCGGACAGCCAUGUGA